GCUGCCGUCCCUGACAUAAGAAGCCCCUGCUUCGCGGCGUCUUAGCGGAGGAUGAGAAUCGUUUCGGAUGGCUGUUAUUUAUGCAUAUCGUCUGGCCACCUUUCCUCUUUGUUUAGCUUGAUCUCCUCUGAAGUUGGUUAUUUACUGGAAGCGGCCCGCAGUCGCCGUCGCAGGCACCGUCCCGUGGCUCCUCCUUCUCCGUACCUUGUGACAACAACAACUCGCCGGGCGAGCGAGGCGCACUUUUCGCCUCUAUUUCUUCCUGUCAUUCUCUCUCAAUCUUUGAUCAAUGUGCGGCCACAGAGAGCGCAGAUCCCAGGCAUCCCAGGCUUUGCACAAUUCCUUCCGAUUGUUAAACUAAAGCUCCACAAAGUUCUCGUUCUGCAGGAUUUCUCGUUUCUACUACUUCGGGACACUUUUGCUGCACUGGGGUUUUAUACUUUGAACUUAUUCUCAUAGGUGACCAUGGCCGUACCGGCUUCUUUGAUUCCUCCGACCCCUCUGGUCCAUCCACCUCCGAUAUCAACUUCUUCGGCUACCAGCACCUCGCCAUCGGCAACCUCCACCCCGUCUCCAUCGAUAGCCCCCUCCGGACCGAACCUGUUCCGAUCGGAGCUGAUCGCCACCAGCAGUCCGGGCAUCCCACCCGGCACCUUGCCCAGCAAGCCCGUCUACUCCACUCCGUCUCCAGUCGAAAAUACCCCGCAAAACAACGAGUGCAAAAUGGUAGAGCUGCGGGGAGCCAAGGUUGCAUCGUUCACGGUAGACGGCUGCGAGCUGAUAUGCCUCCCCCAGGCUUUCGAUCUCUUUCUGAAGCACUUGGUCGGGGGGCUGCACACGGUGUACACCAAGCUGAAGAGGCUGGAGAUCACGCCGGUGGUGUGCAAUGUGGAGCAGGUCCGCAUCCUGCGGGGACUCGGGGCCAUUCAGCCGGGAGUCAAUCGCUGCAAACUCAUCUCCAGGAAGGACUUCGAAACUCUCUAUAACGACUGCACCAAUGCCAGCUCGAGACCUGGGCGGCCGCCGAAGAGGACACAGAGCGUCACGUCACCCGAGAAUCCGCACAUCAUGCCGCAUUCAGUGCCCGGUCUUAUGUCACCAGGAAUGAUUCCCCCUACAGGAAGAAGCUAUGGCACAUGGGCGAACAUGCAAACUCCACAAAUACAGGAGAAGUCGGACUCAAAUCCCCAACCCAGGAGAUGUGAGACAGCAGUGCUAGCACCGAGCAAUCAUGCCACCUACCAUAUAGGUCAAUGGACAACACAGUUGAAGUGUUAUCUGGCAGAAUAUCCUGAAUUUACCAGAAAAUACAGCUUGGAAAAUAACGGCCUCACAGCCGCCGCCGCGGCUGCCGCAGCCGCCACCAACGCCGCCAUCGCCGAGGCCAUGAAAGCGAAGAAGAUCAAGCUGGAGGUCAUGAGCAGCUACCACAGCGGCAGCACCCAACACGGGGCCGACCCAGAGAAUGGGGACCUCAGCUCCAGCGCUGGUUUGGAGCUCCCCUUCAUGAUGAUGCCCCACCCCCUGAUUCCUGUUAGCCUGCCCCCAGCGUCUGUUACCAUGGCAAUGAGUCAGAUGAACCAUCUCAGCACCAUUGCCAAUAUGGCUGCGGCCGCGCAUGUUCAGAGCGUCCCGUCGCGAAUGGUGACUUCCGUCAUAAAGGAGCGGGUGCCUGACAGUCCCUCUCCUGCACCAUCCCUGGAAGAUGGGAGGAGGCCGGGAAGUCAUCCAUCAUCUCACAGGAGCAGCAGUGUGUCCAGCUCCCCAGCACACACAGAGAGCUCGUCAGACCGAAUUCCCAUACACCAGAAUGGACUCUCAAUGAACCAGGCUCUUCUGGGAAUGUCUCCAAACAUACUGCCAGGACCAAAGGAGGGAGAUCUUGCCACUCAUGACAUGGGGCAAGAAGCCAAAAGAAUACAUACUGAAAAAGAUGAGACUCCGCUCUGCACCCCUACAGCGAGGGACGGCUACGAGAGGCUGCCCCUGGGCGGACAGACCCUCCCUCCUGGGUUUCCCUCACCGUUUCUCUUUCCCGAUGGCCUCUCGUCAAUAGAGACCCUACUGACAAACAUACAGGGCCUCCUGAAGGUUGCCAUCGACAACGCCCGGGCACAAGAGAAGCAGGUGCAGCUGGAGAAGACCGAGUUGAAGAUGGAGCUCUUCCGUGAGAGGGAACUGAGGGAGACACUGGAGAAGCAGUUGGCGAUGGAACAGAAAAACAGAGCAAUUAUCCAGAAGAGGUUAAAGAAGGAGAAGAAAGCCAAAAGGAAGCUGCAGGAGGCACUAGAGUAUGAAUCGAAACGGCGGGAGCAGGCCGAACAAACACUGAAGCAGACGCCGUCCACAGAAAGUCUCCGAACGCUUAAUGACUCAUUGACCCAGGAGAUUGAGACUGACCGCAGCAGUGGCAGAACAGAUUCUGAAAGAACAAUACAAGAUGGAAGACUUUUUCUGAAAACCACAGUGAUGUACUGAUGGCACAGCGAUGGAAGCUGUAGGAAGGCGUCUUACAGCCCGUACCAGGCAGCGGCUGAGAAAGUGGCAUCCACAGCUGCUAGCAGAGUCUGUGCAUGACUGUAAGCUAAAGGAAAACUGUGUAAAUGUAGAAAUAGAACUCCUUUUCCAACAGAUACAAGCAUCACAUAGUUGCAAGACCAGAACUGCCGUACACUGUAUGUCCUGUGACAUAUUCUUCAAAUUGCAAGGAUAAAAUCCCAUUGAGCACAGAAGAAUCAAGCAGCAGGAGUGGUAAUAUCAAACUGACCCACAGCACUGAAGAUUUUAUACUGUAUUUAAACCAGCAAGAAAGCUUUGAAACGGAAAUCUAGUUCAGGUUUUUCUCUCUUUUUUUUAAUAUUCAUAAGAAACUUUAGUUCAUUUCAAUUCCAAAAUAUUUUUAAAAAAUCAGUAGCUGGGAGAAGGUAUCGGAAAUGUGAAUUCCAUGAUAUACAGAUGAAGACAGGUCUAGUGGCUGAUUAUAUUUGUCAUUUGAAGUUUCUAAACCAGGAUAAAUUCAUAUUGUGUUUUCAUUUCAACAUUUUUGUACAGAUCAAGUUGGCUCGCUCAAAAAAUUUUACGAAGUAAGAUGGUAUGUGUAUAUACUGUUAAGAGAUGCUAUUGUGUAUGCAGUAGGAAUAUUAGAAAACCAAUACAAACAUUUAUAAUGAAUUUCUAGUAUUGUUUAUUUUAUCCUUUGUUAAGCCACUUUUCUUUCAGAUAGCUGCCAUUUUAGUAAAAACGCAUGCAGGCAUGUAAAUGUUUGUCUUGAAGUUAUGCUAUUUAAUAAAUUCUAUUUUUUGCUUAAAAUAUACUUAGGGAGUGACUCAAUCAAUGUUAGUUUCUCUAACAAGUGUAAGUCUUUUUGAUUAUAUGUAUUGCUUUGAUUUAAUGGACUUGGUAAACUCCCUCCUAGCCAUUUUGUAUUUAUUUAAUUUUUUAUUAUAUGAAUUUGUAAGCGUAAUUUACACCAGGUUUCCCCCCUUUACAUUCAAACCUAAUGGAGUUUUUUUUGUCAAUGAUGGAAUACACAGCAAUGGAAAUCUAAUUUCCUCAUGAAAAUUACUUUUGAUUGAUUGAAUAAUUCAAUCAGAGCUCAAAGUGGUUUGGCCUUAAAUGUAAACACCAUUACUUAAUUACCCUAAGAAGAAAAAAAAAAUGUUGGCUGUUUAUUUAGCUAAGACAAAGAAAAAAGUCUCAAUUAAGGCCAAACACUCCAAUGAGCUGAUAACCUAUCUGUCUUCAUUUCUAAUUUUUAUGUGUGAAUUAAUAUGUAAGCCUCUCUUUUUGGAAUAAAAGCAUCCAAUAUUUACGUUCUGUACUGACAACUGGAAUUAUGGCAAGUGAUCCUAUUCCGUCCAAUGUGUAAUGAGUCAACUAUGUGUUUUCUUGAAUACAUUGAAGAUAUCAGUUGAAAGGCAGAAUGUAUAGAACUGCAACUCAGACUUAGGCAUUAUAGCAGCGAUGCAUUUCAAACGUAUCACUCUGUAUUCAUUGUCCCAAUGCUGAAAUUGACCGCUAGGCUAAAUUUGAAUGCAUGUUGUAAUGAUUUUACCUCUUUUCUUGAAACUUUAAGGCUAGGUGAGGGAGAACUGUUUUGUGAUGGUGCAUGGACUUGUAGUAGAUAAACACAGCGGUCAGGUUUUACUGCACCCUAUAUAAGUAACAGUCAGUCACUUCUGCCAACAGCAACUGAGUUCACACUAGUUCGGCAAUUACUUAAUUCUCCUACUGUUGCUGUUGGUGCCUUUUAAAGCACAUUGAGGGGUCAUUAGAAUUCUAUAACAGAACACACACACACACACACACACACACAUGCAUAUAAACAUGUGUAUAUAUAUAUAUUCAUGAAGCUGUUACAUAUGAAACAAACGUACAUUUGCAGAAACUGCAAAAUGAAAACUGCUCUUUCCAUUUUUAACCAAUAAUACACACACACAUAUAUAUAUAUAUAUAUAUAUAUAUAUAUAUAUAUAUAUAUAUAUAUAUAUAUAUCGCUGCAGUAGCCAUUUUGGAAAAUGUACGAUGUGGGUUUCUUAACAGCUUUUAAUUUAUCCUGUCUGUAUUAUUAAUAAAUUCUGUUUCAUAUCACUUACAUUGCUGUAAAGUUCAGGACACUGUACUUUUCUUGACCUAAAAGGUAUACAGUAAAAUCUGCAGCAUUUAAACAAACUCCAAAGAGUUGGUUUAUAAAUUGCCCUGAUUGGCCUUGAGGAUGUCUCACGGUUUAUUUAACUAUGUAAAAGAGGAAAAUUCAGAUCCUGUAGGACGCCGCAGUCUGGGAAUCGCUGAUGUAGAACAGAAUGUUCAGCUACAUGCCUUUACCUCAGUUAUAACAAACAGCCUUAUUUCUGAACUCAUUUGAAGUUCAUUUUGCAUAUCAGAAUUAUUUAUAUUUUAUAUUCUACCAACUGCAUAUUAUGCAACACGGACAGAACAGAAAUUGCCAUACAUCGCUUUCAACUUCUGCUUUUUUCUGCUAUAAUUCUACACUAACAUGUUGCAUUGUCUAUUUUGCGUAACAUAGUUCGACGCAAUGUUUUGCUAAAAGAAAGCAAAAAUAUUAGGCAAUUUCGUGUCUAGUUUGUGACAUAUAGGUAACGCAACAUAUUUUUGAAAGUUUUACUCCUCAAAGAUUAAAUGAGCUUUCAGAAGUGAUUAGAACUUCACUCGAAAAGCAGAAUGUAGCUACGCUGAAUGGUUUCAUUAUACGUUGAUUUCUUGACAUCUUAAUCCACUGUAGCCCAUAUUACACAUCAUCCAUGGCAAUUUCGAUACUAUGUGUUUUCUAUAGUAUCCUUUAUGCUGUAGACACAAGUCUGACAUUUUUUAACAGUAUGGGCAGCUAUUUUUAUGAGUAUAAUUUCAAUUAUUAUUCCAUCAUAGUUUGUGGUCUUUGAAGUUUAAAAAUAUCCAUGGUUUAAAUUCAGCAUUAAUCUAAUGUUAACAAAGGGUUUAUAGUUUUAAUUUCUGAAAUAUUUUGUAUGUAUAAUAUAUAUAUACUGUAUUACAUGCAGGUAUACACUGUAGCAGAUUCCAUGCGUAUGUUGUUUUUUUGUAUUGCAGAACAGGAAAAUGUCUGAGUACUUACAAUGAUGAGAAACAUUUAUUUAAUUGGUUUCUUUCUGUUUUUAUUAGGUUGUCCUUUCCAUUUGUUGUGGUUUUUUUCUUAGUAUGAGUGUAUGCUUGUGUGUGCCUGCAUGUAUGUGUGUUUUAUAUACAGUACUUUAGUGUUAUCAUAUAAUAAAAUAUGUGUAAAUGAGGAACAGACUAAAUUUUUUAACUGUAAAUAAAUCAUUUUAUGUUUA